AUGAGCCCAAGGCGUUCAUCCGAUUCAGGUGUGAGAGAAAAACCUCCUGCCUCAGGAAGACCGAGUCAAGAAUCCACUCUUUCGAUAGCCGACAGGAGCAUCAGCCCGCGAAGUCUCGAGGAGGCCUCUCUUCCUGGAUUCGAUCGUCACUACAGCCUUGACGACGAGCCAAUAUGGCCAAAGUCAUGGAAAGCGUAUACUGCCCUCUUCGGCUGCUUCCUCCUCAUGUUCAACAGCUGGGGACUGGUCAACGCUUACGGAACGUUCGCGUCGUACUAUAAGCAGCACCUGCUAGCCGGAACGGGCGUGCUCCUCCUCAACCUUGUCGGCUCAACGCAGUGUUUUGUUGUGCUAUCGCUUUCCUUCGUUGUGGGCCGGCUACUGGACGCCGGCUAUAGCCGCUGGCUUACUGGAAUUGGUGGCAUUUUUGUCACGCUGGGCAUGUUCAUGCUUAGUCUGUGCAGCGGGAAUGGAGGACAGGGCGAUGGCAGCUAUGGACUCGUUUGGCUCACCCAGGGCCUUAUCACUGGCCUUGGGAUGGCUUGCUUCUUUGUCUCAACGACAGUUGCAGCAACGUGGUUUAAGCGGAGGAAGAGCUUCGCAAUCGGCAUUGUGGCGUCUGGCGCCAGCAUCUCGGGUCUCAUCUACCCAGUGAUGACCAAGUACCUCAUCGCAGAGAUCGGGUUCAACAAUGCCGUUCGUUGUGUUGCUGGUGUCGUUGGCUUUACAUCGCUCCUUUCAUUCCUUCUCGCAGUACCGGAUCCCGCUCAAAUCUGGCGGAAGCCCGAAGCAUGGCUUUCCAAGCGAGUCUGGGUGGAUACGUCUGCGUUCCAGCACACCAGCUUCUGCUGGUUUGCUGCGUCCAUCUCAUUCCUGUUUCUGGGCUUUUACGCAGUUUUCUUCAGCCUUGAAGAGUGGGCAGCCGAUUUCGGUUUCGGCAUCAGAGACCAGGUCCCUGGUGCUUUCGUCGAUGUCACUCUAGGCGAACAGGAAGUCCAGAAGGACGCCAUCCGUACCUUCUGGCUCCUCAGCAUCAUGAACGUCUCCAGCACAGUCGGCCGCGUCGGCUCUGCCUGGCUCAGCGACCACUUUGGCGCCGUCAACGUCCACGCAGUCGUCACAACCGUCGCCUCCCUCUUAAUCCUCAUCCUCUGGACUCUGGCUACUAAGCUCAACGCCGCGAUCGCCUUCGUUGUCCUCUUCGGCAUCUUCUCCGGCUCCGUCAUCGGCUUGCCUCCCGCAUCCGUAGCCUGGAUCCUAGGCCCGCACCCCACACAACAAGCCCGCCUGGGCCAAUGGACCGGCAUGAUGUACACCCUCGCUGCCAUCCCGGCGCUGAUCGGGCCCGUCAUCGCGGGCUUCCUGAUUCAGAAGUUCGGGAACUACUACACGGUGCAGGGAUGGAGCGGCGCAUGCCUGUUUGUCAGUGCGCUCUGCAUGAUACUGUCGAGGGUGUAUACGCAUAAGGAGAGGACUGCGUUUCCUGCGAUUGGGAAGAGGCUCAGCUCCGCGGCGAGCACGUUAUUUAGGAGGAGCUUGAGCGUGGAGAAAGGGGAGAAUACGGAGGCGCCGAUGAAGGGAUAUCUCUGCUGCGUAGGGAAGCUCGCCGUGCAGGCGUUCGGAGUUUAG